UACUAUAUUUAUAAAACAAAACUGGAACACAGUGGGUGGAUAUGGUAGAGUGCACGUGUCUUGUCCUGAUUCGUUGUUGAGUUCUGAACAGAUAUCGCAAAUGCAAAAGAGCGUUUUGGAUUCCACCACCAUCCCUGCAAACGCUACUGAGGUUUAAAAUGGUUGCAUCCACUGCCAUGACUACUUUGUAAUGUCCAUUCAAUAACAUGUUUUGAGAUUUUGUUUGAGAAAACAUGCCACUGGUUUUCGAUGUCGUUUCCCGGCAGAAUAUUCUGCAUACCAAGUCAUUUCUCAGUGUGAGAUUAGAUCUGUAUUUACACAAACCACUUCUAUCUAGAAUUUCCCAUUUAGUUUUCAGAUCAGUUCCUAGCCACCACAGUCAUGAAAAACUAUGCCUUGGUGGGAUAGAAAUUGAACCUGUUAUGAAAAUCAGACACGGUUUCUUCCCUGGUAAAAUUCGAGUUGCUGUCGACGAGUAUCAACAAGAUGUGCCUGAUGAAGACGAUGAUGUGUGCCCGGUUGAAUGCGUGAGAGAAUUCAAGACUGACGAGGAGUUCUGCAAAAUUCUAGAAAAGUCUAAAGGGACUGGAACUCUGGUUGUGGUGGAUUUCUUCCGAACCUCUUGUGGAAGCUGCAGGUAUAUAGAACAGGGUUUUGCAAAGUUGUGCAAGAAAUCUGGUAGCCAUGAUGCUCCUGUUAUCUUUCUAAAGCAUAAUGUAAUUGAUGAGUAUGAUGAAGAGUCCGAGGUUGCAGAUCGACUUAGAAUCAGGGCAGUGCCUCUUUUCCACUUCUACAAAGAUGGGAAACUGCUGGAAGCAUUCCCAACCAGAGACAAAGAAAGGAUUAUUGCUGCCAUACUCAAGUACUCAUCUCUUGAAGCAGAAGAUAUUUUGAGCUAACUUCAAGAUCAAGGGAUAGUGUUACGGCAUCUCGCAACUGUUGUAUGGAUAAAUUGGUCUUUGUGUGCAACAACAUUGUAUGGAUAAAUUGGUCUUUGUGUGCAACAACAUUCUGUAUUUAUACUUGGAAUAAAACACUGUAGUCCUCCUCUCAGCCUGAUUCACUUUGUUGGGAAGUAACCAGUGGAGUUUUUAAUGUCCAUCUCCACCAGACAUUGUAGAAGAAAAGGAGUACUAUCCUUGAAUGUUUGGGGAUAUACUAAUAGAUGAGACUGGCUGUGAAAGUGAUUCAAAACUCAAUUGAGUAGGUGUAAAUUUGAUUUCAUUUAUGUUGAAAAUAAAAUAUAUAUUUUGAUUA